AUGUCGAUCAGAUUCCACAAAGGACCAUCCAUCAUUACGCUCUUCCACGACUCGACGUCAUCAACCUCGAAGCAAGUCCUCCAACUGCUUUCCUCUUACAACAGCAACCCCCACCAACCCACUCCCGCCGCCACCAGCAGCUCGUCCGCACCUGGUUCGCACGGUGAAUCAUGCAUCGUCGAAGCACACGGCUCAGGCGCAGACGUCAACGCAUACCUGCGUCAAGCAGCUUCCGAUCCCCCCCGCUCCCCCCUCAUCCAACUCGAAGUCGUCGAUCGUAAAUCAAACCCUCCCACGCCAGAUCAGAUGAGAAGCAUCGUCGACUACCUCGUCGCAGACACUAGCGAUACCCAACAAAAGGAAAAGAAAUACACCACAACAGGUUUCGACCUCAACGAACACGAAAGGAGAAAGUUGGCGCUUAAGAAACAUUUGAAAGACGACCCAACAGGUGCAAGUGGUAUGCCAAAGAUCAAAGACGGUCCACUGGUCGUCAAUUGGGAUGAGGGAAUCGCAGCUACCGAUCUGCAGGGCGUUAAGGAUAUGCUCAAGAGGUUGCAGGAGGAUGCACGUGCCGAGGGCAAGAAGGAUCCUGAAAAGGGUUGUGUCAUUUGUUGA